AUGGCCGCCUGCGUUGCCCUCUCACCCCUCCGCCCCUAUCCCUUGGGCCCGCAUCAAAAACAAGACUGUCUUUCACUUUCGGGUUACUGUGGGCGCGAGAUGCCGCUGGUUCCGAAGGCAGCGGGGCGGAUCAAGCUAAACUGUCCUCUGCGGCCCGGCUGCCCGCCGGGGGGCGCUGCUGUCCCCAGGCUCUGCAAGGAAUUCGGUCCCGAGGACUACGGCGAAGAGGACAUAGUGGAUUUUCUUCGACGGCUGGUGGAGAGUGAUUCCCAGGGCCUACACCGGAUCCGUGUGGAUAGGAGCAGCGGGCGGCUGCAGCUGUGGCACCAUGAUUACCUCCUGGACCAUUUCCACGAUGAGGGAGAAACAACUAGACAGAGUGAUGGGGGCAAAGGGGCUGCGGGACUGGGUACCUACUGUGGUCUCCGAAAGUCCUUCCUGUGCCCUCCCCAAGGGCCUAAGCCCUGCCCUCAAAGACCCUCUGCCUCGGCAUCCUUGCCCAGCGGCUCGGACAGCCUGCUUCAGGUGCCCAUGCCCCAGAAGCUCCUGCUGACUGAGGAGGAAGCCAACCGUCUGGCUGAGGAGCUGGUGGCUGAGGAGGAGCGUGUGAAGCGGAAAGCAGAGAAGAAGCGGCUCAAGAAGAAGCGCCAAAAGGACCGAAAGCGACAGGAGCGCCUGGGGCAGGACAGCCGGGUGCCCAAGGCGGAGGCCACCUCGGGUGGGAAUGGGAGUCCCCCAUCCAGCCCUGGAAACACAGCUCCGGGGCAGUGUGGUGAGGAAGAGGACCUCCUGGACCUGUCCAGCACCUUCGUGUCCUUGGCUCUGCGCAAGGUUGGGGAUUGGCCCCCCAGCUCUCUCAGAGAGAAGGAACUGAGCCAGGAGCCCCAAGGCAAGAGCCUGGGCCCUCAGAAGAAGAUGAGCCAGGAGGAAGGAAGCCCGCCGAGAGAAGAGGCCCCCAUGCAGAGCCCUAAGGCAGAGGCAUCUCCGGGACUGCUGGCAGCCGCCUUACAGCAGAGCCAGGAGCUGGCAAAGUUGGGUACCGGCUUUGCCCAAAAAGGUUUCUACCGUGAGGCCGUGGUCCUCUUCACCCAGGCCUUGAAGCUCAACCCCCGGGACCACAGGUUAUUUGGAAAUCGCUCUUUCUGCCACGAGAGGCUGGGUCAGCCGGCGUGGGCCCUGGCUGAUGCUCAGGUGGCCCUUACCCUGCGGCCUGGCUGGCCCCGGGGCCUCUUCCGCCUGGGCAAGGCCUUGAUGGGACUGCAGCGUUUGGAGGAGGCCGCUGCUGUGUUCCAGGAGACCCUGAGGGGUGGGGCCCAGCCCGAUGCCGCUCGGGAGCUCCACGCUUGUCUUCUGCAGCUCGCCGCCGCGCAGGACCAGCGAGGAGGACACCCUGCACCGCCCCCGCCAGCUGGGUUCCCCCAGCCAUUUCCCCACCCUCAGCCCGUGGCCGCGGGCCUUCUCUCCCUCAGUCACCCGCCAGGAGCAGGCGCUGCUCCGAGGGCUCCUGGCCUUCCGUCUCCACCCCUGCAUCAUCCACCUCAUCACCUGAGCCUCUCCAGCCGGCCCCACCCCCGGCCUCUGGGUGGAAGACCUCCUCUCCACCUCCAGAACCCCUCAAAGGGCUGGGGCACCCUGGGACUUGGGCCCCCGCAUCUACCUCAGGCCAGAUGA